AUGGGCAACGCGGCUCACGGCAAGCCGUGUGUGCAGCUGCAACGUCACUUUGGCUGUUUGGGCCAAACUGCGCCCGGCAAGCCUCUCACUCCACACUGCACGCUGGGUGGACUGCACGAAGGAACACGCCACGUGCAAUCGCUUUGGCGUUCGCGGUACGCCUUGCUUGCUGAACCGACUUUGGCUCACAUCGCAGUCCGUGCUGAUCGUCAACGGGCCUUUGUCCUCGCCAAUGGUGUUCCAGGCUUCCCCACCCUCUUUUUCUUGCACGAUGGCCACAUGUACCGCUACCACGGUGAUCGUGACGCCGAGUCAAUGGCAGCCUUUGCCCACGGUGGAUACGAGGGCGAGUCUCCAUUGGAAAUCCCCGGCGAGCCCUCGGCGAUUUGGUCGACUCUUUUGAGUCUGGAUGAGCUGGUGGCCAAUGUUCACAUUGUCAACGAUCCCAACCUCAACGCCAUCUUCGUGGGCAUCAUCAUCAGCCUGGUUCUACUUCUCCCCAUUGGUUUGGUCGUUGGUAUCGCCGUGACUUGCUGCGACUCGAGCCCUGCCCAGGCCAAGGCCAAGGCCGAGCCCGCCACAGCAGCCGCUGCGGCAACAAACGGGGCAGUCUAUGCCGAUGCCUUUGGCCCCUCACUGCAAUGCUGUCUUCCUUCGCAUAGUCGACUCCAAGCAAGUUUUUCGCGUGGUUCUUGCUCCCUUUUCCUUUUCUUUCUUCCAAUCCAACGUGUCAAUAAGCUGAAGCUGAAGCUGGAGGUGCCUCCCAUCAGACCUCCUGUCAGUGCGAGAGAUGGGGGUCAAGAAGCCAGGGUCAAGCAAGAAAACAUUUCCUCAAUGAAAAAUCAACUCUUGAAAACCCACGUAAAGGACAUGCUGUCGGUACUGGCCAUGCAUCUGAGCUCAAAAAGCCGCCGAAUGGCCAGCCAGCAACAAAAAGGAACAAACAUCUCGAUCCAGCCAUGUCGUCGUCAACACCCACAGCGGCAGCAAAAGUCGCCGUUCUAG